UAAUAAUAAUUCGCGGGAUUCGCGUUGGCAUCGCUUGAAUGUUCAGAAACACACAAACUAGCCUUCGCUUCCGCAGGCCACCACUAUGCCUAUGCCUUGCACACCUUAGUGUAAUAGUGGCGAAUGCAGACCUCACAAGUGAGUCAGGGGAGAGUAGGUGAGUCUCUCAACCAAUCGGGCGUGUAACGGCCCAUAAGAUUGUUACACUAUCAUGAUGUUGCUGAGGGUAACAGCGGCCUGCGCCUACCUAGCCUAGUAAAUAACGACACGUAAUGUUGGUGGUCGACAAUGGAAAGCAAAUCUGCUGCAAGUGCUGGCGCUGUGAAGAAAGCUGCCGCAAAGAAGCGCAAAUCGGACCGUAAAUCCUCCUCUUCAUCCGCAGGCGAACUCGCUGAACAAGAACAUGUGCGGAAAUCCCAUUCUCCGACUCCGGUCAAUGCACCACGACGCCGCAUCGCUUCGUCAGGUAGUGACAGUGGCGAUGCGGAGCGGAGAGCAUCGAACUUGGGUGAACAGCUGAGAAGUGCUAUACUUGUGAAGAACGCUGCCAGUGCAGCAGCACGUACGGAAAGCGUCGCCGCGUCUGCAGCAGCGCACGUCAUUGCGACUGCAGCUGAUAAAGGAGCGGGCGGUGAGGCAGAGGGUGGGGAUCAGGUAGAUUCGAGGGCGCCCAGCUUGGGUGAACAGCUGAGAAGAGCUCUACUUGCGAGGCAGAACGCUGCCAGUGCAGCAGCACGUUCGGAAGGCGGCACAGCUCCUACUGCUGCAGCGCACGUCAUUACGACUGCAGCUGAUAACGGAGCGGGAGAUGAGGCAGCGGGUGAGGAUCAGGUCGACGGAGCUGGUGCAUCACAUCAGCUGGCCACGGGCUUAGCAGCUCAAAUCGACGACGCCGUUCUCCUGUGCAGCAUCUGUUUAGACUGUUAUCGUGAACCUAAAGUCCUGCCCUGCCAACACACCUACUGCAGGGAAUGUUUGGAAACCAUACUCAACGCCCAGGCCAGCAAGUCAACCCUGCUCUGUCCGGAGUGCCGCUUUGAGGUCACUGUGCCAGACGGCGGCGUGCGAUAUCUGGCUACCAACUACCUUGUCAACAAGCUUGUUGACCUGCUACAGUUGUACCGCGGGGAUGACGUCGUCAAGACAACCGUUGCGGCUACGAGGUGUGACCAAUGUCGGGACGAGACGGCUGGCGACGUUGUGGCCGAGGCACGGUGUACGGAGUGCACGCGGUGUCUGUGCACGCGUCAUUCUUCGGCACAUCGCGCUGACCAGCACACGUGUGCACAUACACUCGUACCCAUCGCCACGAAACAGCCUCUGGCGGCUACAGACGGGCAUGACGCAUCGCCAUGGCAACCUGUAGGCGGUGUGACAAGCAGUGCAGGAACUGAAGAUGCGCACGCAGAGCAGCAGGCAAUCGCUUGCAAGCCGGAUCACCAUGAUAGUACUGAGCUCUGGUGUACUGGAUGUAGAACAUACGUUUGUUCCCAUUGUGAAGAGCCGGUACAUCGUCAACACCACAUUGUGCCGGUUUCCGUGGCAAUCAUGGAGGAGAAGUCCACCCUGGAGAGGAAGGUCAGUGAGCUUGAACAGGUGAUGGUGAAUGUGGAGACGGCUACAUCUCUACUGGACCAGUGUCAGGCAACGGUGGAUAGGGAAGCGGAUAAGGUGAUGUUCGACGUACACACGUGCUUUCAGAGACUCAUUGACGGCUUCGCGGCACGUCGUUCUCUAAUGAUGGAUGAGAUAUCCUGUGAGAAAACUGCUAGAUGCAAGACGCUGCGCCUACAGAAAGAGGAUCUCCUCUUUCAAGCGGCGAAAAUCCGCGCCAGCAUGAACAGCAUCAAGGCCACGGUUGAGUCAACUAGUGAAGCGGACAUACUGCGUGACGGACAGGGCAUAGGCGAAAAAGUCCAGUCCCUGCUGGAUAACAAAUUUCAAUUAUCUCCACAAGUCUGCCAGGGUGUCUACUUUGAUAACAGCUGGGAGGAGAUCGUUGUCCAGUACAUAGAAAAGCUAGCACACGUCGAUAUGACGCAGGUGUCGCCAUCUCUCUGCACUGCCAGUGGUCUAGGCCUCUCCUCCACCAUGACGCGGGGCAAGGAUGCUGUCAUUGAUAUCAUGGUGGUGGAUGCAAACGGUGAUCCGAGUGAUCACCCGAAAGAUCAAGUGACCGUCGUUGUCUACCCACCUUCAGCUGAUCACCAGCUCACAGCAGCAGCAGCACCUUUGGCAUCAACAACAGCAACAUCAGCAUCGCAGUCUUCAACAAAUUCGUCAGAAUCCUCAACAACAUCAACUAGCUCAUCAACAGCAUCAUCAUCCUCGCUGUCGUCAUCCUCAUCUCGUGUGUCCCAAACUCGUCAGCCCCUUGUGACAACCAAGAAUCACGAGCAGUCCAGGAAAGGCCACUAUUCGUCUGUUUACGUGCCUCGAGACGAGGGCCAGUACACGGUGGAAGUAUGUGUUAAUGGCUGGCCAAUCCGAGGCAGUCCUUUCACACCUAAGGUACCCCCGGGUCGAGACUACACAACGAUAGGCAAUGCUGUACCAGUGACGUUUGGUGGUGAGGGUAAAGGAGAGAGUCGCUUCAGAUCACCUCACGGCAUAGCCAUCGACAAACAGUGUCUACUGCAUGUUGCUGACAUGCUGAAUCACCGUAUACAGGUGUUUAACCCUCACGGCGGAUUCAUCCGGAGCUUUGGUGAUCGAGGGCCGAAUCCAGGCCAGUUUGUCGAGCCCAUCGGUAUCACCAUUGAUGACGACGGCCAUGUUGUUGUCACCGACUACAGUAACCAUCGGUUACAGGUUCUCCGUCAUAAUGGCACGGCAGUACGCUGCAUAGGCAAGAAGGGCACGGCGGCUGGCAGCUUUGCCCUGCCGUUUGACGUUGCCACGUUCUGCCAUCCCACCAUUGGGCUUUGCUAUGCCGUCACGGAGUUUGAAAACCAUCGUGUACAGGUAAUCCAAAGUGAUGGUGUGUCAGUAAAGAUGUUCGGAGAGAAGGGUAAUGGUGAGGGACAGUUUACCAACCCGGCUGGCAUAGCUGUUUCAAGUGAACUCUGCUUCUAUGUAGCUGAUCACAAUAAUCAUCGUAUCCAGAUAUUCAACGUUGAAGGAGAGUUUCAGUCAUCAUUCGGCCAGCAUGGCAGUGCUAUGGGAUGUCUAGACCACCCCUGUGGAGUAGCUAUAGAUCCUCUCGGCAAUGUCCUGGUGACGGAGUAUGUCAACAGCAGGGUGCAGAUAUUCUCAGCUAAUGAUUUUAGUCCCAUCGCCAUAUUGGGAUCAGCGGACACGCUACGAUACCCCACGGGCUUAGCCAUCAACAAGGAGGGAUCUGUGUAUGUAUGCAGUGAGCAUAAGAUCACCAUCUUCUGAGCGGCGGUGAAGCUGCUCAGAAAUGCCACGCUCAUUGGCAGCGAGGUAUACAAGUGUGAUUUCUUUUCAGCCACUCGAGGCUCACUAUGGAAAAGAAGGAGGAACUGUAUCAAAAUACACUUAGAACGUAUAGAUUCACAUAUAAAAGGCACAGAUUUACACAUAAAGGCACAGAUUUACACAUAAAGGCACAGAUUUACACAUAAAGCACAGAUUAACGCAGUGGACAUCAGGUUCUGGCAGUACGUUUUACCUCUAUAUUGAACUAACUUUACUAUUACAAAAGAGUUUGGCUACCAAUAUGCCCAAACCCCAUUCUCUGCAGGCUUUUGCUAACCUUAAAACUGCUCCCCCCUUUACUGCACGCGUUGAUCAAACUUGAGAUAUUGAGCACUGUAACUGUGAAGACCACUGGUGUCGCUCAUUGGGAACAAUUUUUUAAUGAGCUCUUUCCAUAAAAUAGGGAUAUAAAUAGGAUGCACACUGUUACACAUUCAUGUAUUGCUGGCUUCAUAAGUACUGUGCACGCUCUCCUACACAACUAGACGUGGUGUCAUUGCUUGCAUUUGCGGAGAAUAUUGCAUUGCAUUU